GAGAUUGAAGAAGGAAGAAUUCACUAGAAGGAAGUUAAGUAAGUGAGUCGAUAAUGGCGAAUCCAAGAAGGGCUUCUUCAUAUAUUUCCAAUCAUCUUCAAGGAUCAGAGAGCAAUGGAAUCAGCAUUAACAUCAAUAACAGCAGCAGCAGCAGCAGCAAUAUCAACAAUACGUUUCAACCUCCCCAAACCCUAACCGCAAUAGUUACGUCUAUCAAACACUUUCUGAAGAAACCACACGCCUUCCCUAUUCUACUAUCCUUCUUUCUCCUCCUCACAUGGCUCUCUCUCCGUUUCCAGCAUUCUUCAAAUCUCUCUUCUCCUCGCCUUACUCAGCAGCAACAGAUAUCGACUUCCUCUCCUGAAGCCGAUCGCAAAGCAAACCUAGUUAGAUUCGCCGCUCGAUUCCCUUCUCCGAUUACUAAAGAUAAGCGCGGUUGGCUAGCCGAUCCCCUUUCCCUUGCUCAAGAUGUCGGUCUCUCAGAAGGAGCAGUGAACUGUGCAUCAGUUCAUCUAGGUGAGAUCCAACCGGGUGGAUUGAGGGGAAAUCAUAGGCAUUACACUUGUAAUGAAACAUUUAUUAUUUGGGGAGCUCAAACAAUUUUCCGGUUGGAGAAUAAUGACGUUGAAAAUGGGUAUGCGGAAGUAACGAUUGGGGCUGACGAGGUUGCGGUUGCAACUUCCCCUCGUGGAACAGCGCAUGCGAUGAAAAACAUAGAUCCUAAACUGAUUACAUUCUUUGUGGCCUGUCAAGAUAGUGUAAUCAACUAUAAUGAUUCUACCUCUUUUUUUAAUGUCUGGAAAGAUUUCUGAUUUUUCUUAUUGAUAAUAAAUUGUCUAUAGUUUUGCUAUUGAA